AUGGCGGCCACGACUGAUUUAAGCGCUGCCCAACCCACCCUCCAAGCAGAGCCUCUGGUUCCUGAGGCAGCGGAGGACCCAACGACAUACACUCAGCUUCAUUUAACGGAUUCUGAAGGAGAGGCAGAGCCAGGCAAAACCCCUGAAGAUGAUUUGCCUCGCGGCGAGGACGUAGUUGAAGAUCGCCAGGGUGCAGAGGCGGCUGAAUCAUCAAAUCCACCGGAGCUACAGGGAGAGCAGACUCACACAUCUAAGAAGAGCAAAAGAAAGGAGAAAAAAAACAAGAAGAAUACCCCUGUGGAAACUACGAAUAAUGAAAAUAAUGAGAAAUCUGUAACGACAUCACCUGGAAACAAGAAAAACAAAAAGAAGAAGAAGGGUAAGAAUAAAGGAACGGCGAACACAUCAUCCGCGGAUAAGGAACCCGAGUCUGAAGCCGAAGCUGAGGAGGCUAAACCCCAAGAAGUGAAAGAAGAGGAGGCGCCUGUGGCGGAAGCGGACUCGUCAUCUUCUGAGCCGGCGAGGGAAGAGGACAAACCUGAAGUAGCAAAGGAAGAGACAUCUACGGUGGUCGAGGAACAGACAGCUUCUUCUGAAGUUCCGGUGCCUAAGACUGAAGAGUCUAAACCCGCGGAAGAGAAACAGGAGAUAACUGUGGUCACUGAGGAAUCGACUGCUCCUGAGCCAGCCCCUGAGGAUUCAGUUCAGGAGAAGGCUCCGGAAGAGAGCCAACCUGCCGCUGAACCCGCAGCGGAACCUGAAGCAUCAACUCCCGAGGUCACACCCGAGGCUACAGUUGAACAAGCUGCGCCGGCGAUAGAAACCGAACAAGAGGCAGCUUCCAAGGAAUCUGAACCCGCGGCAGAAGCGGCCAAACCUGAAGAACCGAAGGAAGAGACGCCAGAGGCGGCAGGAGGAUCGUCUGCCCCUGAAGCUGGAACAGAAGCAUCAGCACCUGUGAAAGCAGAGGAGAAGACAGAUAUGACGGCCGAAGAACCGGCAUCCUCAGAUACUACUCCUGAGGCUCCGGCUGAGGAAUCCUCUCUAGCAGCAGAAGCCGCAGAUUCUGAGACGAAGGAGGAACCGGGCGAUGGAGCUCCUGCUGAAGAGCCCACUGAGAAGAAACCUACAGAAGAGAAGAUGACUGAGAGUACAGAGCCUGCCCCGGAAGAAGCACCUGUGGCCAAUGCUGCUGAGGAGGAGAAUGUUAAUGCAAAACCAGCUGAGCAACCGAUACCUGAUGCUGCCGCGGAAGACGCUGCAAAGGAAGAUACAACUGCAGGCAAUGACCAGGAGUCUGUGAAGCCGGCGGAAGGAUCAGCAGAUCCUGAACCUGUUGAAGAUGCUGCGUCUACUGAACCGGCGGCUCAAAAUGCAGCUCCAGAAGGAACGAUGGCUGAGACUCCAAGUGUCGAAGAGCCUACAAAUGAACAAUCUGCAGCUGAGAAGCCUGCAGGGGAAACUGAAUCUGAGCAAACAGCUGCCCAAGAGCCUGCUGACGAGCCGGUAACCGCGGCUGUGGCCGAGGACGAUGUUCCGAAAGCCACCGGCGAAGAUGCGACUACCGAAGAGGUCACAGACGAAGUGAAGGCAGCCACCGAGUCCAUACCAGUGGAAACGAUUGCCGAAACCACCCCUACGGGAGACGAGGUUACAAAGGAUUCUCCUCUAGAAGGCGUCCUUGUUGCAACGGAAGCCACGGCCACAUCGGAAGACGACCCUCCUUCCGGCCCAGCUUCUGCUGAUGCACCGACUGUUGAUGCUGCGGAGGAGUCAGUAGCCCGGGAACCGGAGGACGGGGUGACUUCAACCGAAGAGUCGCCCCUGAAUGUAGUGAAUGAAGAGACGGGAGGAGAAGCGCCUCCCUCGACGGAGCCAGAAGCUCCAGCAGCAACCGAAGAUGCCGAGGACACCAAAGAUUCACCAAAUGCUGACUCUGCACCAGCGGACAUACCAGCGGACAUACCAGCGGAUGGACCAGCUCUAGAAUCAGCCCCUGAAUCUAAAGCAGAGCCUCUAGCAGAGCCGGCAGAGGAAGAAAAAAUAUCUGACGAACCAGUAACAAAAGAUGAGGCGGCCGAAGUAGCAGAGCCCGAAGCAGACCAUGAUGCUAAGCAGGCUGAACCAGAGUCUGUCGAAGCAUCUACAAAUGAGGUUUCCGAACCCAAGAAGGAAGUCGAAGAUGCUGUGCAGGAGGUAUCUCAAGCCGAAUCAAGCCCUGCAGAAGUCCAACCAGACGCUGCUAAGCCUGACUCACAAGCCGAGCCUGGGUCUGAUUCCGCACAUGAAGGCGAGGCACCCAUAACUGAGGAGACCAAAGCUGAAGCUACUGCGACAGAAGCUGCUGCAGAUGACACCGUUAAGGAGGCAGAAAAGGCCGAACAGUCGAUAGAGGACCCAGUUCCCUCUAAUGAAGGUCAAGAAGAGCCUGAACAGUCUCCGCCUGAGACUGCUACUGCAGCUGCAGAGCCUGAGACAGAGAAGCUCGAGACUGUAGAAGACAAGCCUGCCGAGGACAAGGUUGGAGAGGCAGAAGCUUCGGAGUCGGCAGAUGUUGCGACAAUUACAGAGCCACAAGACGUCCCAUCUGAGCCAACUACUACUGAGUCGAAGCCAGAGGAGCCUGGUGCCGACGCUCCAGCCACAGAAGCUGCUGAAGAGGUAAAAGGGGAAGAAGAUACGACUGCCACCACCGCGCAAUCCGUAGUUGAGUCAGCAGCAGACCCAGUGAACGAUGAUAAAGCUAAAACAAAUGAACAAAAGGCUGAGGAGGCAUCACAGGAACAGCCUACUCCUGAUGAGUCAAAACCCGAUGAGGGCGCCACUGCCGAACCUAACGAGUCUGAAGCUGCUGAAAAGGAACCAACGGAAUCUCCAAUGUCGAAGCCUGACGAUACAGAGGUGAAGGAUAAAGAUGCUCCCUCGGCUGAAGCAGGAACCGCUGAAGCCCCUGUAGAGGAACCGAAGGCCGUGGAGACGGAGAUGACUGCUACGACUGAAGUGGCAGCUGAAGAUCAAGUUGCAAGCACCGAAGCUGAAACUUCACCUGCUGAUGCCACCGCCGAACCUUCUACUAGUGAGACAGAAGCGGCCAAAGAGCCUGCGCUUGUUCCUGAGAAUGCCGAAGAGCCAGUUGAUGUAGUUACGGAACCUGUUACUCAAGAUGCCGAUGGAUCUGCGGCCUCACCUCCCGAGUCUGAAACGAAGCAAGGCGAACAAACAGAAGACUCAAACGCGGACAAGGCUGAUACCAAACUGGAUGAAGAAUCUGCUGCCAUCGAAGGGCCUGCCGAAACUGCCGUAGAAGAUACACCUGCCACCGAGAAUCAAAUUUCAGAAUCGCAGUCUGAAGUUCCCAACGAUGAGUUGGUAGCAUCACCUACCGAAGAACCCGAAGCCCAAAUUGAAGAAACAGGUGCCACAGGAAUAGUCGAUGGAGCCGAGGACAAGCCUAAGCCAGAAGAAUCAGAAGUAACUAAAGACGGCGAGGGAGUUUCCGACGCCCCAGCUCCAGCUGCCGAGACUACGGAGACGAAAGAAGCGGCAGCCGAAACAGAGGUUGAAGAGUCCUCUGACCCAGCCGCUGAAGCCAAGGAUGUCAACGAUGAGCCAGCUGCCGAACAGCCUGAGGCUCUUACUGAACAGCCUGCGGAUACCGAAGAGACGACUCCGGUUGAUGACAAGAUCGAACCCACGGAUGAAGGCGAAGUCGCCCCUGUUACUGAGCCUGCUGUUCAGUCUCCCGAUGCCGCAGAGACAGAAGCCGAAGGCCCAGCUGAAGAAGCAACUGCAGCUGAACCUGAAGGGACAGAUGGUGCAGCUGCUGUUGCAGUACAGGAGCAGGCGGAGCAGGCAGCUGAAGGCGAAGACUCAACAAAGGAACCCGAAGCCACUCCAGAAACUACCGCGAUGGAGCCAGCAACCGAUGACAAGGAAGCGGUUGCUGACACCGAGCCUCCCGCUAUAACCACUGAUGAGGACAAUGCUGAUGCAGAUACCAUGAAGGAGGCCAAUGAGCCUGAAGUAGAAGCUGAGAAAACUGUUACAGCGCCAGCUGAUCUUGUUGAUAACAGCGCUUCUGAACCUCUGGCUCCUGUCGUAUCGGAUGAGGCCAAAGAGGUUGUACAGGAACCUGCUGUUGAUGACACUACAUCAGAAGUUAAACCUGAUCCCGAUUUUGAUGCACCACAUUCGACGGAAGAAGCUGAGGCUCCAGCAGAUGUAUCGGGUGCAGAAGCAGAGGCACCGAAAGAAGACGUUUCUGCUGACAAAGAAACCGUUGAACAGACGACGGAUGAUGUGCCUGCGACCGAGGAGGCGAAACUAGCUGACCAGCCUGACGUAGCAGCUGAACAAGAAAAGGAAGCUGCGACAGUCGAAGCUGCUGAAGACGCCGUGCAAGACAAGGCUGCUCCUGAGAGCGCCGCUGAUACCGCAGAGUCAACUGCUGCCACUCAAGAUGUACAAGUCGAGCCCUCCGAUCCUGCCGCAGAGACUGUAGAGCCAGUCGAGUCUGAGGCUCAAGAGGAGCCAGUUCCCGAAGCAUCAGCUGAACCUAUCGAAGAUGAAGCGAAAGGAGAGCCUGAAGCAGACUCCCAAGACGUAGCCGAUAUUGCUGCUGCACAACCGGUUGAGCCAGAGACAACAGGUGACGAAUCUGGUGGUGCUGAGCCACCUAUUGAAAUAGUGCAAGAGACUACUGCUGAACCUGAGGCUGCUAAGGAAUCUGAGACUGUUACUGCUGACCAUGCAGAGACAGAAGAGGCUCCAGAUGCUGACGAGACCAGGGCUCAGAUUGGUUCAAAGGAUGAAUCGGAGCCGGCGGCAGAGCCAGGAGAAGAAACCGAGCAACCAACUGUUUCUGAAGAUAUCAAGGCAGCAGACGGCGCCGCUGAGACUGCUGGGACCGCUGAAGCCCCACCCCCUGAAUCGGUUGCGGCUGCAGAGGAGGAAGCCAAGGCAGAGGAACUCGUCGCUGAAGUUGCAGAACCUCAGGAACCUGAGAUUGUGCCGGCGGCCGAAGUUGCUGAGGCGGAAGCACCUGCGCCAGCUCCCGAGGUCAUAGAGCCCAAGGAGGAGCCCGAGGCUCCGGUUGCCGAGGAGGUUGAACCAGAGCCAGAGCCUGCCGAAGAGCCCAAAGCAGAACCUCUAGUAGAAGAGAUGGAACAAGACCAUUCUAAAGCCGCUGCCGCGGCCAUUAUCGCUGGCAUUGCUGCUGCUGCCGGCGGAGCUGCUCUUGUCGCCACCGAACUGCCAAAAGAUAAACCAAAGGCGCCAAAGACACCCGAGGAAGAAGAGAGUAAGGACACUGUUGGGCCGAUUCCAAGAGAUGGAAAGUUGACGCCCAAAUCGAAGAAAGGUGAGGAAUUGUAUUCUUUUCAUGAUACCCCUAGUGAUUUUUCGGAUGCUGUUGGAUAUACCAAUUUGGAGGAAGCUGGAGAAAGGGAUGGCAAUGACGUUUUUGCGCUCCCAGAGAAAGAGGAGGUAAAGGAGUUGCGGCCUGCUACAGAGCAGGUUUUGGACGAGGCUACUGAAGUAAAGUCUGAAGUUUUGGAACAACAACUGAAAGAAACAGUCGCUAUAGUCUCGACUGAGGAGGAGGCCGCAACCGUUGUUCUUGAGUCUGUUGAAGAUGCCUUGGCAGGGAAGUCAAGUCUGCCAACCACAGGGACGCUUGACGAGGUGGAAACCGAGGAAUCAGCACCUGCUGCCGAAGAGGAUCCUGUUUUGGAACAUGCAUCUGAGAAAACUCAGCUGCCAGAUACUGAAGCGCCAGAAGCCGUUUCUGCUGGAGGAUCAAAGCCUACGACCGAGGAGCAGGGUCUGACAAAGAGUGAUGAUCUUGCUUUGGCUCCGGCUCAUGGGGAAGAAUCUGACCAGGUCGCAGCGUCCACUGUGCUGGAUGAUUUGAAGGAACAGUUAGCUGAACAAACAGCAACUAAGCCUGUUGUCGAAGAUGCCUCAGCAGAGCCUGCUACUAUUGCUGCAAUGGAAGAGCCGGAAGUGCCAGUCAACGAGGAGUCCGCGUUGGUCAUAACCAAAGGAGAAACACCCACCAUUGCGGAAGACUUUGUUGCGUUGGAUGACACCAAGAAAGACUUGCACCUCCAAAACGAAAAGGAGACUGUUGCUACCGAUAGUGCUAUCCUUGAGCCUGUUCUGGCUGUAUCUAGUGAAGGUUUAAGUUCUUCGGUCACACAAGAGCCAAUCUUGGACGAUCCGAAUGAAUUGGUAGCACCAAAGGCUGCAGACGAACCGGAAUCGGUUGCAACCGAGGCGUUAGAUACUGCCGAUGCGGCACCAAUCGUCGUAGAUGACACUACAGCUGAAGUGUCCGUUUCGGUCCAAGUCAGUAAAGAAGUCGUCCCUGAAGCUGUCCGAGAAUCUGCUUCAGCGGCUGCCUCUACGGAGGAGGAACUUCCACACGCCGGAGAGCCCAUUUUAGAGUCUACAGAGAAACCUGAUACCACGGCUACUGACGCUGUUGCUACCGUCAUUCUGGGCUCUGAAGAACACAGUGCGUCAGGCGCUGAAGAGUCGGUUUCGACCAGAGCUGUUGGCCCUACAACUCCUGCAGUCAUUGAAGAGCCAAUUCGUUCUGAGGCUUCCGGGGAAGGUCUACGCACAGAAGAAUCUACUUUGGAGCCAAUGGAGAAGCCUGACAAUACAGCCGUGGACAGCGCUGCAAUUAAUGUCGAUGCUGAUAGGCUCCACGUGGCAGCCGCCGAAGUAUCUGAGAUGGCUUCAGACCAGGAAUUAACGUCCACUGUUAUUCAAGCCGUCACUGUGGAUAAUGCAACAGAACCAACAGAGCUGAAGUCUACUGAGCCUGUCUUGACUACGGGAGCUCAAGAGUCAUCUCCAGGUACAGAAGGGCUUAACAUCUCGGACGAGCCAAGGGAGAACCUGGUGGAAGAGUCAAAUCCCCUCGACAAUGAAGAAACCAAGUUGGUCAACGCCACUAAGAACACGGCACCUGUCAACGAGUCUGUUGAUGUAGAUGAUUCGGUAACAGGCUUGGCUCAGUCGGCGCUGGAAUCCGGUAUCGUCUCGAUCCCAGAUGCAGAUGUCAUAGCCAAGGUUCCUGAUAUGUUGACGCAUACAGCCGAGGAGCCUUCUGUGGUCGAGGCAGAGCCCUUUUUCACUACAAAGGCUGAAAUAGAUUCUGUCGCUGGAGUUGCUGAAGAGCCCAUCGUGUCACAAGUUUCAACUGCGGCGGCCACGAUUGAGGCCGAGCCAAUUAUGCUAGAGGAAGUCAGCAAGGAGCUCGAUAAUUCCUCACCUGUCCAAGCAGCUAAUCAGGCUGCUUUAUUUGCAACAGAUGAUGAAUCUCGACUGGUUUCAGAUAAAUCAACGAUAUACGCAGUUGAGGACCAAGCUGUUGGAGGCAAUGGUCCUCACGUGGAAGCUUCUCAAGAGUCCGAGCACCUUGACCAGUAUCAAGAGCUGGCCGCCGAAGGAGAGACCAAAGCAGAGUCCGAGGAUGGUAGUUCUGUCUUGAUUGACAACAGCGGUGAAGUUCUGAAUACCGAUUCUGCAGGGCCCGAAGCAACUGAUUCCGAGAAACCCCUCGAAGACGAUGGUGUUGUACUGAGCCAAGAGCAGCCAUUGUCAGAAUCUUGGGCACUUGUUGAGGCCACCGAUGACUCAAAGUCCAAACCUGCCGAGGAAAUUGUUGCAGAACACGAGGUCCAAGAGCAUUCCGCCCCAGAUUCUGAAGAUAAUGCAACGGUUGUCGUGUCGCAGGAGAUUCCAAAUGAUUCUGAACCAACUAGACAAAUGGAAGCCGAGAUGCAAGAGGAGGAUGCUCUAGCCGAGUCGCUUCCCGACCUUGCUGUAGAGACUGUCGUUGAGAACAAAGCACUUGCUUCUGAUACGCCCGCCGAAUCCUCAGUUGGUCCAGUUGCUGAGGGUGAAGAAACUGAGGCAAAGGACCAGAUGCUUGAUCGUUCAGCAGAACAGUUGGCAGCAGUACUUGCGGCAGAAACCCUCAUCACGGAUGAAGCCAUCGCCCCUGUCAAUGUUACCGAGUCUCAACCGAUGCCAGAAACAAAACCAGCAGAGACACAAGAUAUCGACCUGACCGUGCAAGCUUCAAAUGAGCAAUCCAGGAGUGAGAUGGCAUCUGAAAUGGCUACCUAUUACCAAGCAGUUCCCGAUGCUUUCGAUCUCCCGCAGAUUGAGCUAGAGGCUCGUGCCUUGCCAAUGGAGGAUAUUGAGCAGAAAGACCUAGCACAAACAGCUGCAGAUCAAGGACCAGUGGCCGUGGCAGUUGCGGAGGCUCCCAUUGAGAUGACGUCGAGUCAGGAAGCAACUGCUGCUGAUUCUCAAGAGGCCCCUUGUCCUGAUGAUAUCCGACCAGAGUCACUACCAAAGGCAAUCGAGGAGACCAAUCCACAGGGAGUGCCAGCACAAGUUUUUUGUGCCCAGCUUUCUGCCCAGCCAGUUGCUGAAGCGCCAGCUAUUAAAGAAGUCAUUGCUACUGAAGCUUUAAUCGUUGAUCCUCAAAUCGAAACAAGCUUGGCUUCUGACGGGGCUGCUGAGACGGCUGACGAAGCUGAACAAAAGGACGACUUUGUCGAAAUCGCGGCUGAGCAAAGUGUUGCUGCCCUACAGCGAGAACGCGCAACUGAUGUUGAGCAUGGAAUAUCUGUUGCUGCUGCUGAUGACGACGAAGAGUUUGUCGAUGCUUCUGAAGGAACCGAGACGGCUCCCAAUGCAGAUGCUGCAUUUCCACCUACCGAAGCUCCGGAGAGCUGGCUUUCCCAGGAGGUCGCACUCGAAGCCCCAGCUGAAGACAUUGCGCUUCCCACUGCAACCCCAACUGGAGAGCGCGAGGUGUCAUCUCACGGGAAGAUCGUUUCAACCGACAGCUCGACUGAGGAACCCGGCAGCCAGAUUGCUGGCAUUGCUUUGGCCGCUGCUGGUGUAGCGGCACUUACAGGCGCGGUGACAGUCGCUGCAGUUGGACAACUCCACGAUUCCAAGUCAACAGAUGUUGUAGGCUUCACCGCCGAGCACGACAAGUCUCUAGUCUCUGCAAAAGCAUCUGAAACAGAGAAGUGCGGAGAUUUGACCGAGGCUCAAGGAAAGUCAACUGCUGCAUGUGAGACUUUAGCCCCAGCAGCCGCAGAGCUGGAAGUUGAACCGACGCAAAGUUCUGGCCUCACAAUACGUGCAAGUGAUGUUGAUUUAAGAGCUCCCACACCUGCUGUGGUGGUCCCUGACAUGGCAAUGGUUGAUCAACAACGAAACAAGUCUUUGAAGCGCAAGCAGAAGCUGGCGGUCCGGAACGUCGAGGAUACAGUUGCGGCUGCAGUUGUCAUUUAUGCCACUGCUGAAGCUUUGAGCCCUCCCGCUAGCCCUAAGGCUGGUGAUACCUUCCAAGACCAUGAAGGGGAAUUUCCCUCCGUUGUUUCACGGGAAAUUGUUGAGGAGGACUCGCACCAGCUUGAUACUGACUUAUCUGCAGACGAAACUUCAAGAGACCCUCGAGCGUCAAGUGGCGAAAGGGAAAGGGAGAGGACUCGCCGCCGUAGACAGUCUUCUCACCAGUCUAGCCGAUCUAGCCGUAGUCGUGGCGACGAGGAGCAUCGCGAGAGCAGACGACAGUCGUCACAUGGCUCGCAUGGCCCACACAGUCGCCGACAUCGUGCUGAUAGUACAGGAGAAGACGCCUCAAAGACGCCGCCCAGAACUCCUAGGCGACGAGACAGCGGUGUCUCUGGAGAAAGCUCUGGAAGUUCUGGCAAACGACGAACACCAGAAGAAAAAGCCGAGCACGAACGACGCAGAGCGGAGCGCCACCUUGGCGAUCAAGACUCUGAACGUCGUGAACGAUCGGAACCUUCUGAGCGCUCGGAACGUUCCACGCAUAGAGAUCGCAAGGGCAGCAGAGACGUGGACCACCCUGCGGAACGAAGCCAUCGCUCCUCGCGCCGGCAUAGCCACUCUAGCCAGCACAAGUCUGACCGUAUUCCUUCUGCUUCUGCUCCUGUCGAAAGGGAGCCACUUAUCCAGCCUUCUGACAAGCGGUUUUUUGAGAUUAAGAAUAGUGAAGGAAUAGUAGGCAGCGGUUUGCCCCCCACGAUCGCAGGGGAGACCACGGUUGAAGUUGAAAUCGAGGUUGAAGCUCCUAGGGCAACAGAGGCACCCAAGAGAUCCAACACGACGCGAUCCAAAUACGGUUUCGGACGCCUCUCAACCGAUCAAUCUCGCCCCAAGACUACGAAGACGCGAGAGUCGGCUGACGUUCCUCGAGGUUCUUCAUCGAAGGGCAGUGUUACAACUUCCGAAGAUAACGCCAGACGGGCUAGGAAGUCUGAGCGUAGUAAGAAGGAAGAAGAGAAGAAGCCUACUGGGUUCAAAGGCGUGCUAAAGAGGAUAUUUGGAUGA